AUGGAUUACAACCACUUCGAUUUGCAUCAUCCUUUACCCGUCACAGACAAUGACAUCUCCAAUGUCGACAACCCUCUUUUGGGCUUUGCCGACGAUGGAUAUCACAGUAGCGAAGCAUUAUCCAACGACCUUGGACAGUCACACGAAUCUACCAACCAAGAGCUCGAUAUCACUAGCUCUUACCCUAUCGCCAAUUCUUACACGUAUAUGGACUCUCCACCGUUCGUAGUGGAAGGCUUAUCUGGUUAUAACUGGUCUCAGCACUUCCCUCCCACUACCGGCCACUUCCAGGGCCUUCAGGACGAGGGAGUUAUGCAAUCUUUUGAGGGUGUGGAUGGAAACAUCAUCCCCGUCCUUAACACUGCCGCCCAUUACGACAUGCCGUCUCAGCCUUCGCCUCCGGCCCCUCUUCAUACCGUCAACUCUAUGUCCCUAGGGCCUUACACCAUCCAGGACCUGGAACCAUCUUCUAUUGACCCCGACAGCAUGCCUUCCUCAUCCCGCGCAUCCCUUACCCCAUCUCCACCAGACAAUGAAGGUCGCAGCCCCAACACCCGUGGGACUGCUCGCUAUCACUGCACCGACUGUGGUACCUCUUCCCAGACAAAACGGGACCACGAGCGCCAUCUCACAACCAAGAAACAUCAGAAGAAGACCAGCGUCGGCAGCGGGAGCGGGAGCGGAAGUGGUGCCGCCGUCCCGGGAUUCCACUGCCUGGCGCAGGGUUGCGAAUACUCUCGUGAAGGCGGGAAGACUUUUACUCGCGAUGACAACUUGUGGAGGCAUAUGAAGACUGCGCAUCCCAUCAGGUCGACAGCGUGA